AUGUUCAGGAUGGCGGGGGCUUUGAGCCCCGUAGACCAGCUUCAGCUGCCGAGUUGCACGGAACAUGAUUUCCAAGAGGCUCUGGCUGCGAUCAAGACGCAGGACGCGAUCAUGGACGAAGGCAUUUUCGAGGAGCUGAAGCGCUACAGCUCGUUCAAGUACCUCUGUCACAAGCGACAGCAACAGGAAGGGCGCCACGAGGCUCGCCAGGAGGCGCAGAGAGAGACUGUCUCCGCGUCGCCUUCCUCGCCGUCUCCGCCCUCCUCUGGAGACCGGGGCUCGAGGAGACAGUCUCUCACCGGGGCCCGCGAACGGGGCGGGCCGGGGCUGCAGCGUGGCCCCAGCGUCGUGCUGGACAUCUCCACUCCGGAGGACUUUGCAUGCAUUCGAAAAAUCAACCAUGAAGCCUGCAACUUGCUGGCGAACAGCUACGAGGGGUACGCGUGGAUGUGUCAGGUGGCCGCGGAGCUCCUGGAAACCCUCGAGGUCUCUGCCCAUCCCGGCGGCGCGCCGGGUGCCUCCCGGGAGGACGGCGAGCCCUUCGCGGCGGAAAACUACGAAUCGCGAGACGGCGACGCGAGAGGCGCCCAGCGAGACGCGCGCGCGACGCGAAACGCCGCUGGACAGAGUCUCCUCGAUGCGCCGCGAAGGGGGAGAGAGCCGGGGGGCGGAGGCGGCGAGGGAGAGGGCAUGGCUGUCUCGGUGCUCCUGCAUGCGCUCUGCGACUUCCUCACGAUGAAAUACGACUCCAUCGUGACCCGGAAAAACCUCCUCGACGACCGGUCGACGCAUGGGAGUUGGAAUCCGCCCGCCUUCUACUGGCAACUUUUCAAACACCCGUCCAUCAUUUGCUGCCUGGUGAAGCUCUACCAGGAGCGCCCGCAGGACGAGUUCCUCGCGUGCUGGUUCCAAGACUUCACGCACCACUACCGGCGCGCGGCGUCCACGCGCGCGAGCUUGCUGAGCCCGUCGCUUCUCGCGUCCUUCGAUGACGGCGCGCGAUCGCUCCUCAGUGGCCAGGAAAUCUUAGGCCCCGAUGCGCUCUUUGCUCUCGAACACUUCCACACGCAGCAGCAACUGUCCAAGCUGACGAGCAACUUCAGUGUAUAUACACUGCGGAUGAGCGAGGAGAUCCGGCGCUUUCUACUUUGGGAUGAGUCUGAGGAGCUCUACUCUGUGAGCCUCUCGCACACCCUUUCGCUUUUUCUCCAUGCGGAGAACGCGUUUUUCUACGCGCUUGCGCUGCUUGUUUUCAUCGCCUCGUGGCGGCCAGACCUCCGUGGGUGUCGGCGCUUGGCACAGCUGCUCACGCGGGCCGUCAUGGCGGAGCCGCGCCAGACACCGGCCUCGUCGUUUUCGUCUUCUGAGAUCGAAGAGCGCGAGGGCGAGCGAGAAGGGCAGGGCGAAGAGAAGCGGCGCGACGCCCCCAGGGAGCGACUCUGCAAGCUGCAGCGCCUCAAGGAAGAGCGGAACGGGCUCCAAAUUCUCCUUCAAGAGAUCAAACAGCGCACCCACCGCGAACUCGCCGCGGGUCCGGAGGGAGCGGCUGCAUUCGCCACAGCCUCGUUUUCUCCGGCUGUGCCGCCCGCUGCAGAGAUCGACGCUGAGACGACGCCGGCGCGCGAGCGAGCGGAUGCGCAGACGGAGAGUGACUGGAAGCUCCUGAAGCAGCAAAUAGAGAUCGAAGAGCGGCUGCGGGUCAUCGAGAAGGAAACUGAGGACUUGGAAAUGCACACGCUGGCGGUCGAUGAGGACAUGCUCGAGGAAGAAGAGCGUGCGCAGGACGACGAGAAAACGCGCCCGAGCUUGGGUUUCAACGUCUCCUCAGGGGGCGGCGUCCACAGACAGCGCGAGAUCUCUGCUGCGCAGCUUUAUCUCCUCAUGACGAAUCUGAACCAGUAUCCGCAGCUGGACGACUUGUUUCGAAGCGUGACGCGCUCUAUCUUCGUGGGCGCGGACAUUCGUCUCUCGCCCUACGACGCCUGCGAGCUCUGCGACCUCCUUCACCGCUGCAUGGCGCCUUUCGAGUCGAUGAAGACGCUGCUCUACGAGCGGCAAGAUGAAAGUGCCGUCUCGAGCUUCUUUUCAGACAACCUCGCGCGCGAAGGAGGCGCGGAAGUCGGCAGGAGAGGCUCAGAUGCGGAGUGGGAGGAGCUGCCCUGUGAAGCCGGCGCGAUGGCGUGGAAACGCGCCAGGGCGCGCGACGACAGCGCGAGCGUCGCGAGCAAGCGGCAGCGGACGGAGGCCCUCGGCGCCCAGGAGCUCUCGCGCGGUGGCGGAGUCGACGGCUGGCGAGUCGGCGGCCGAGGAAAGAGUGCGUACGCUGCGUCGGCAAUGCUCCCUGGGGGAGAGACAGACGCGUACCUGGAUGAGGAGGCGCAGUCGCACACGUCGUCCUCCGUCCUCUCGCGGUCCCCGUCGUCUCCCUCGACCUCUUCGCCCUCGGCUGUCUCCUCCGUGCUCUCCGAUUCGAACUCGAGCAGCGUCGUCUCUUCGGCGCUGCCUUCUGCGCUCUCCUCGUCGUCGCUCUCGGCGUCCACGCUCUCGCCGGGCGCGCCACCGGGAGCCCCUCCACCCUCGCCCGUGGCGGUCACACGUGUCUCCGCAGGCGGCGCGCCGCCCUUUGCGCCUCCGCGCGGGCGCGGCAAGGGCUCCCUCCCGCCCUGCGGGGUCGCGCCCUCCGGCGGCAAGCCCGGCGCCUGCGGCUACGACGGCGCAGGAUCUGCGGCAGCCGUGCGCAGCGACUGCAGCGUGGCGAGCGACAGCAGCCAAGCGAGCAGCGGCAGCGAGCUGAGUGCGGCGUCGCGGCGUCCUGCGAGCUCCUCAGUGGUGAGCGCGGGAGAGGACGGCGAGCGCGGCAGCGCGGUGUCGAGUUCACUCCCGUCCUCUCGCUCCGCGUCGCCUUCUGCUAUCUCGCGCGCGUCUUCGCAGAGGCAGCCUGCCUGGGCGGCGCGGCAGCGCGCGUUCUCUGGCGGCCUCGGGAAGGGCAAGAUCUUUGGAGCGGCUCCGCCUGCCGCAGCGCAGGACGCGGAGCGGAGAGUCGCGACGGGUCGCAAGGAGGGAGAGCGAGAGGAGGGAGACGCCACCGCAGCCGGUGCGUACGCCGCGGCAGACGCGUUCCAUGCUCGGCGAGAGGGCCAAGGAGUCAGAGUGGGGUGGUCAGACACCGCCGGCAACGGAGGAGGCGAAGGAGAGUGCGGCGCCGGCGACGUGAGCCGCGCCGCGGCUCCUGCCUGGGGGACGCGGGAAGACGUGCCGGCAGCGAGUGCGGGCUACGAGGUGUACGUCCACCCGAGCGCGAGGCACGCAGAGGGCGGCGGGACGCAGGCGAGACUCUGCGUCGGCGGCGAAGAGUGGAACGAGGAGGCCUCGGAGGCCGAGUCGAAUUUCCCCUUGGGCAGGGAACUCGACGAGGGCAGCCAGGUGGAUAUACACCCGAGGAUGACCGCGGAGUCGGAGGCGGACUUUUCGCAAGUCGGCAGCGGCGCGGCGUUCAGCGGUGCGGAGCAGGCGCUUCCCGCGUCAGAUCCGGUUGUGUUUGGCCGCGGCAAAGGCAAAACCUUCUUCGAGGAGAGCGCGCUGUCGCCUCCGCGCGUUCUCUUUGGCGAGCAGGGCGACGACGUGGGGGAGGAUGAAGCGCAAGACAGCGAAGGCACCAGCAGCUUACGAGAGGACGCCAGCGAAAGCCAGGCGUUUUACGGCCGAGGCAAACACGCCGCGGCGCCCGCCAGGGGAUACGUCGAGCUGGGGGAGACGCGAUUCGAAGCCGAGCAAGCGGCGCGGCGCGCGGAUGUGCUCGACCUCCCCUCCGCCUCGCAGUACGGCACCUGUCGCCCCAGAGACUUCGAGUACCAACGCCUCAGGAAAAGCCCUGCGGCGCCGCCGCUAGAGGCGCUGCGGGAGACUGCGCUGAUCGACAGCUUAAUCGAGGACUUUGUGAACGCGGUCGUCUCGCUCGAGACCAGCAGCUCGCUCGCCUCCGACUCCGGGGGCCGAGAGGACGCCGCCUGUUCCAUCUCUUCUUUGCGCGCUGCCCCCGAGGAGGGGCGCGUGGAGGAGGCGGGAGAGGAGGCGAGCCGCCGCGGCGGGGCCCUGGCGCCCUCCGCGGCCGCGACUGGAGUCGGGCACCUGAAGUACGUGAACCUGCUGGUCAUGCUCUGUGUGCUGUGCGCCUACGAGCUGACGCACCGCUGGUGGCAGGCCCGCAAGGAGACGCGCCGGCGCCGCCGCGAGCUCGCCGCGCGCCUUGAGGAAGGUCCCGACGGCGCCGCCGCCAGCCGAGACGCUUGGCAGUUCUACGAUGACGAAGAGGACGAAGGUGCUGCCGAGGACGACGAGGACUUCGAAGACGACGAAGAAGAGGAAGAAGAGGAGGACUUCGAGGCGGAUCCGGUGCGUGACUCGCCUGGAGAGACCCCGGGGCUUAGGGUGGAGGCUGAGUCGGAGGUCAGCGCCUACGAGCACGCGCAGCAGGUUGCGUCUCCGCCUGACAGCCACGAGCUGCUGUGGGGCGUGCGGACGGCGGGCCGCGGGCAGGGCGACGGCGAGGCCUUCGCGCGCGAGAAGGCCGAGCGCAGGUCCGCGGGUGAGGUGCGGCGAUCUUCGGACGGCGAGAGCCCAGGGCGCGCGUUUCAGCGAGGCCCGUCCGAAGUGAAGAAGGUGAAAGACGAACGCGAAGAAGGCGACUCCUCGGCGCGCUGGGGCAUGGAGGACCUCUUUGAGGAGCCUGAGCAUCACCCUCCUGGGACGUCCUUCCGAACCCCAGCUGCGGUAUACCGACACCGGAACGCCGAGGAGCUCUGUCAGCCGACGCCCCUCGCGCCGCAGGCGGCGCGGCCUGCAGCCGCUGCAGCUGCUCCGCCGUCUGUCUCGCCGUUUGCCUGGCAGGCGCGGAGCGACGGAAAGCCCUUCGAGCCCUGCGCCGCGCCGGGGAGCCGAAAACUCGCGGCCGACCCCAGCGCUGCGACGCCCUUCACCGCCUCAGGGGGACGAGGAAAAGGGAAAGGGCCGCUGCUGCCCAAAACAGAGCCUUUAUCGCCCACAGACGAAGAAGACCAGGACGACUCCGCAGAUGACGACUUCAGUAGCAGCAGCGAGAGCAGCGAGUCCUCGAGCAGCAGCCUGUCGAGUAGCAGCGCAGGCGCGUCAUCGCUCUCCCCGCCUCGUCCAGCGUCCGCCGCGCGAACCUCUGCUCACCCUCUGCUGGCGCCCGAAUCUCAGGCGUCGCCGCGGCUCCAAUCCCCUGUCUCUCCACUUGAAAACUCUGCGCGUCUACUUCAUGGCGCCGCACCCGCCUCGAGGGAUGCGCGAGGGACUGCGCCGCGGCCGUCUCCGCCUCCGCGCGUUUCGCUUCCUUCCUCUUCUUCUUCGUCGGCCUCCGCUGAAGCCUCUUCCUCCGCGCUCCCGCCCCCCGCGACUGUGGCUCCAGACGCACGAGGAGAGGCGCAGGCUGCCGCCGCAGGCGCGCCCACGCUGCAACCCGAGGCUUCCUCCGCCCCUGAGAAGCGCGCGCAGUCGGCGGUUCCCACCUCGCGGGUAGAGCCUCGGGACGCCUCGUCUGUGGUGUCUGCGGCGCGGCGGAAGCGCAGGCGCGUGGCUGGAGGGGGAGAGAGGGCGGCGGGAGCCGCAGAGAGCGAGACGCACCCCUCGGCAGCUGCGCAGGGCGACGCGGAGGGCGCGAGCGAGGUCGGCAGCCAGGUGAAAAGCACCGUGACCAGCAAGAUUUACCGAAACGUGCACACCAGGGGCAGGCUGGGCAGGGGCCGGCACCUGAGCCAGAGCUCCGCAGAGAUGAUUCGAAACAAAUUCAACGAGUUCAAGGGAUCCGUCGAACGCUACAAGGCGAUCGCGCGCAGCGAGCUCGUCCAGAUUUACCGCGUGUGUCGCAAUCCGAAGUUCUCCUUCGAGUUCAAGCUCUUCCGCUUCUUCUCGCUGGCGAGCACGAGCCUGGCGGCCUCGGCGAUCCUGAAGUUCAUUGACCUUUCACUCUUCCCAGGGCGCUCAAGCUCGCUUUUCACGCCGCUGGCGCUGAUCGGCUCUUCGCGCGGCGCCGGCGGGCCUGAGUUCGCGACUGCGGACGCGGCGGCGGAGGGGCGACCCUCGGUGGGCAGCGACUUGGCUCCAGGCGCCGACGAGCUGGCUGUCUUCGGCGCGGCGGGCAGCCAGGGCAGCCUCGAAGACGAGGAAGAGCGGGGGGGCUUUGACGCGCUCGUCCUCGUCUCUGACGGGCUCUUGCUGCUGCUCAAGCUCAUCGUGGACAGGCACGCAGCCAAGCGCCUGCCCGUCAUGGAUCUCCUCGGGCGCGCUCUGAUUUCUGGGGCCAGGAAGGAGCCAAAGUCCUCCGCUCUCGCGCAGCAGCACAUGGAGCGUCGCAUGGCCGUGGUGCGCUUCCUGCUCUAUCUGUGCAAGUUCGAGAACCAAGUCGUCGCCGUCAUUUCGCUCUUCUGCAGACUGCGCGUUCGCCUUGACCGCUCGCUGUGGCGCUUCUUCCUCUCGGAGCUCCUCCGGCACUGUGGUCCGCCCUUCUCGUCGUCUUUCUGCCUCCCAGUCCUGCAGCUGCUGCUGCACACGCUGCAGACGCAGGGGCAUUGGCUGCAGAGCUCCACGAAGGACCCCGACGCGCGGCGUCUGCGGACGCUCAUCGGGCGCUUCGUGGAGGAGUCUGCUUCGUUCUGCGACGCGCCGAGGGAGCCGUCCGCGGAGGUGGUGCAUAUGUGUCAGCUGCUGGAGCGGAAGCUGCAAGCUGUGGACCGCAUGUCGCCGCGGGAGUGA